AUGGCUCUUAACAUCCCCGGUGUGAUUGCAGUGGCACUGUUCUACGUCCUGAUUUUGGGGACAGGGGUGUGGGCUGCCAAAAAGUCCAAGAAGGCUGAGAGGAAAAGCCAUGGAGGCAAGACUGAAGUGGUGCUGCUUGGAGACAGAAAUAUCAACUUGCUGGUUGGGAUUUUCACCAUGACUGCUACAUGGGUUGGAGGUGGUUUUAUCCUGGGUAUUGCUGAAGCAGUGUACUCUCCUAAAAUGGGAUUAAUAUGGGCUCUUAUACCUGUACAUUACAUCCUGACCUUCACCAUAGGUGGUCUUUUCUUUGCCAAGCCAAUGAGGGAUAAGGAGUAUGUCACCAUGAUGGACCCAUUCCAGAUAAAGUAUGGCAAAAUACUGAGUGGUGCUCUAGUGCUGCCUUCUCUGUUGAUGGAUGUGCUGUGGGUGACGUCUACUCUGCUAAGCUUAGGAUCAACUAUGAGAGUGAUUCUGGACUUGCCCUAUGCCUAUUCUGUUUGGAUCUCAUCAGCUGUGGCCAUUAUCUACACAUUGCUAGGAGGCCUCUAUUCGGUGGCGUACACUGAUGUUAUCCAGCUCUGUUUAGUUUUCCUCAGUUUGUGGUUGUGUAUCCCAUUCCUGAUGCUCAACCCAGCAUCUACAAACAUUGCCCAGACUGCGUUCAACCACACGUUCCAAGAACCCUGGGUUGGCACUCUGGAGCAGGACAAAAUCUGGAAGUGGAUUGAUGACUUCUUAAUGAUUGGUCUUGGUAGUCUUUCAUUUCAGAGCUUCCAUCAGAGGACACUGUCUGCCAACUCAUCACAAACUGCCCAGAUUACCUGCUAUGCUGCUGCUCUUGCCAUCGUCAUACUUGGAAUCCCCCCUACCUUGGUUGGGGCUGUAGCUGCCUCUACAGACUGGAACCUGACGCUGUAUGGUUCUCCAUCUCCAUAUGUACGUGGUGAGCAAAGUUUGGUCCUGCCCCUGACCCUACAGAACCUCACUCCAUCUUACAUCUCAAUCAUUGGAAUCGGAGCUGUGGCCGCUGCUGUCAUGUCAUCUGCAGACUCUGGCCUGUUGUCUGCAACUUCUGUUUUCUCUUCAAAUAUCUACAAGAACAUUCUGCGCAAACAGGCAUCAGACAAUGAAAUUCAAUGGGUAAUACGGGUCACAGUGGUGGUGGUGGGUGUGGUUGGGACAUCCAUGACGUUCUACACUAACAGCCCCCUGGUCCCCUGGAUUCUCGGAGCAGAUACCGCCUACACCCUCAUAUUCCCCCAUCUGGUUUCUGUGCUCUUCUUUAAAGUGACGAAUGGUUACGGUGCCACGGUGGGUUACAUCGUAGGGCUGACUGUAAGGGUUUUGCUGGGGGAGAAUUCUGUAGGUCUUCCUGUUGUUCUUCAUCUUCCUGGUUGCACACUGGAAGAUGGCAUCUACAUCCAAAAGUCUCCUAUCAGGACAAUCUCCAUGUUGUGCACUUUGGUAACCAUCUUAGUUUUUUCUUCGCUGGCUUUGUUCAUAUUCAAUCAUGACCUGUUGCCUGAGAGGUGGGAUAUUUUCAACGUAAAGCAUAAUGUUACUGUGUCACCUGCGGAUCCUGUCACGCAGAUUCUCAAGGAAGAGGCAGGAAGUGAUGCUGAGUGUGAUGAGAACAGACAUGGAAUUGCCUUACAGCCAGUGUUGCAGACUGGAUCAUAA